UCAGGGUUUGUGGGAAAUGCGGCGUCCGGACGCGGACAAUUUUCCGUCCCGAGUUCUGGGAAAUGUCGCCUGGCCGGGCGAAAGGUGGCUGGACAUUCGAAACACAGACGUCAUCCUGCCCCUGAUGCGGGAACGGUUCAGGUCCGCAGCGGCCAAGGGCUGUCACGGCAUUGACGCGGACAACAUGAACGCCUGGCUGGAAGAUUCCGGAUUUCCGAUCACCGAAGAGGAACAACUCGAAUACAAUAUUUACAUCGGGCAGGAAAUUAAAGUGCUCGGAAUGCUGGCAGGACUAAAAAAUGCGCAUCAGCAAGCCUUCAGUCUUCUCCCGUAUUUUGACUUGGUCGCUGUUCUGGGAACAAUCUACAAAUGAAAUUUAAUCCGAGACACAUAAAGUUCCCGACAUCUGACAAGAUUACUGCGGUGAAGUAGUUGAAUAAGUAAUUCAUUUAGCGUUAAAAUCUUCCAGUUAAGAUUUAAAUACAAACUCACUUCAUUAUUUCAAGCCCUCGCAAAUACGAAAGAAAAACAUGGAUACCGGUUUAGACGAAUUAGAAAGUAUACACAAAAAAUCGAGAAAGGUUAUACAAUUAUAUCCCAUAAAGUAGGAAAUGGGAUUUUUUCACUGGAGCGAAACAUGUAUAUUUGAAUUUAUGUAUCCGCUAAAUUCACAAGUUUCUAACAAUCAAAAUUCAAAAUUGUCACAAACGAUAUACUAUUAAUUAAUUUACGAUGGAUAAGAGCCAUUUCUUUAAUUUGGCAUCAAAUCUUUCUGCAAUUUGACACACAAAAAUUAAUCUGCUACGCUUUAAAAAUGUUGUGAAGGCAUAAAUACACUCCGUUCGAUAAUGAACGAUUACAGUUUUGCUAAUAGUGUAACCAUCUUACAUAAGUAAA